AUGAGGACAAGGAAACCUUCCUGCCCAGUAGAAAAAGUAUGGGUAGAUAAACACAAAUACGAUGAAGCUGAGAGAUUACAUUACGAAAGAGAAGCGAUGUUGGCUGCUGCCGCUGCUGCUCCGGAGGAAUGCCAAGAGGUAGAAGCUGUCAAUGGAAUUUGCAAUGAUGAUUCCUCAGUUGAAAGUGAAUUUAAAGGAGAUUCGAAGAAAGGAAAGAAUGGAAAGAAACAAAGGAAACGAAAACGUUCUCCAAAACCUAAAAAUAUGGCUUCUAAAUUAGACUCUGUCCUGACUGGUUUGUUAGCUGACCACGUGUGGUUUGACAAACCUCUCUAUGAUCGUGCUGAGAGCGAGUACAGGAAAAAACUGGUGGAUUCUCAGCUGGAGGAGACAUAUAUUCCCAAGUCAAGGAUGCUUUCAGCAGCCCUACCCUGCUCCCAUGGUCAUCUCUCCGCCUGUCACCACGUUGUUCAGGGUGUUUGGGUCAACAAGUUUGACUUUGAUAAAGCUGAGGAGGCUUUUAUUGAAAAAUCUCAGUUCUUUCUUCCUCCAAAUGUCCUGCCCAUCCCAUCUGUGGGGUCAAAUGUUGGCAACGUUGGGUUGAGAACACCAGAUGAGGGUUAUGUUACAGCUCUGCCUACUCCUACGGUGAAUGGUAAACCUCAGAUUUCAAGCUUGCAGGCUCUCAUGUCAGAGGUGUGGUUAGAGAAACCUUUUUAUGAUGAUGCUGAGAAGAGCUUCUACGAGAACAUGUUUGAUGGUCAUCCAUCGGGCGAAAACAGACAACAGGAACACAGCUGCCACGAAGCAUUGAAGAACCACCACCAGGAUGAGAAGGACCUGGAAAGCAAAGACCUUGGAAACAUUGGAAAGCAAGAGAACAUCCAAAACGUGGAGAUUACCACCAACUCUUUGCUUUCCAGUGAUGAUGAGCAACCUCCACCUACCUGCUUUUUUCUCCACGAGGACAGUGAAACCGUGUGGCUUCAUAAACCCACGUACGACAGAGCUGAGUCGCGAUACUACGCAGCCGAGGCUCUGAAAAUGGCAAGAGCAAGAGAGGGAACACAGGAAUCUGAAGUAGUAAAACCUUCCCAACCAACUGCUUAUGCUUCAAACCUACCUACACCAGAAACAAAAAAAAUGGAAGUCAACUACUUCCUGCACGAGAAGAUCUGGUUUGACAAAUACAAGUAUGACGACGCUGAGAGAAGAUUCUAUGAGCAGAUGAACGGGCCGGUUGGCAGCUCUUCAAGCCAGCAGAACGGAGCCAGCACGAUCCUACGCGACAUUGCCAGAGCCAGGGAGAAUAUCCAGAAAUCGCUGGCCGGAAGUGCGAACGCAACCUCUUCUGGACCUACUGGUGACCAAAAUGAACUCCUUUCCAGAAUUUCUCACCUGGAGGUAGAAAAUCAAAACCUUCGCAGUGUUGUUGCAGACCUUCAGAUGGCCAUCUUCAAGUUGGAAAGUCGCCUGAAUGCUCUGGAAAAGUCAUCUACCUCCCACCAGCCCUCACCGGUUCCUCCAACCCAG